AUGGAAGGGACUCAUGGAGAAACCAUCGAUCAGAUCGAAACCGUCAAUGAUGGUUGUGAAGACGAUGACCGUAGUGUUUCUAGCACAGACACUAGUUCGAUACGUUCCUCAAACACAUCCUGUCCUCCGACUCCAUCCAGCAUAGCUACCUCAUUGGAUGCUGAAGAAACCGAUGAUUUGAUUCCCGACCUAACAGACAAUUUCGAUUCGUUCCCGCUUGAUCCAACUUCAGGACCAGCUUAUAGCUCCAAUACGUACCCGGAUGACCAAACGACAGACAGAGAAUUCCCUGCGGUGAAGAUCGUCCUUGAUGGGGAAUUGUCCUCGAGUUUGGCUCAAACACAAUUCAGCUCUUCACGGAUAUUAUAUUCGAAAGGGCCGCACCCACCUUCCCCAGCCAGUUUGCGUGAAGAUUCAUCAUCGGAACUUGUGGUACGACGUACAUCCGACGCUUCAGAUUUCCUUCCCUCCUCAGAACAUCCCAUCUGGUCCAACUCCUCAUCCGAUCUAUUGUCUAUCCAGACGACUGUUGUCGAGGCCUAG